AUGACGCUUCCUCAUCUCGAAACGGAAGACGGUGCUCGAAUGACAAAAGGUUCAUCGGAAGCGUCUGAUACGAAGCCAGAUGUAGCUGGCUACUCCACUGGGCUCUCACAUCCAGAGUUUAACGCUUGUGACAGAGAGGAGACGUCACGUGUUGCACAAAGCCCUGCUAGAAGUACCAAUCUGGAGUUCUGUCAGUCGGAAGAUAUAGAGGCCAUAACUUCCUCAUCAGAUGGUCUUCCAUCCACCGUGUCGACUUUCGAACCUCCAGUUACUGCUGCCGAAGUCGCUUGCGUUCCACGAUCUAAAGAACCUUUUGCGUCUGAGAUGAACAGUUUUGCGAGUACCCCAGAGUGUCGUGAUGCGAGAAGCUGCCAUUUGGAGCCCACUCGUGUAACCGCUAAACGUCGACGUGUUCCUGACGACUCGGAAACUCCACAAACUUCCCCCAACAAAGUUCAGAAUCAGCCAGUGCCGCGAAGCCAUCGCAAGCGUCUCAAGCAUCCAGCUGAAACGACUGUGGACGCAUCUAAACCUAUGUACAAUUUACGUCACACGGCCUCGCGUCUUCGCACCAGAGACACUCCAAAUGAUCCCGCCAUCGUGUCAAGUGUCCGGGCGGCUGUCGUCGUCGAUGAUGAUGACGCCGCGACACAAGCGGUGAAAAAAAGAAGGAGGAGAACACGACGGCAAUCCAAGGUGAAGGCGCGAGUCUGCAUUGAUGCUGAUCACGAAGUCAGUCCACCGAGGCAGGCCAACCGUCGACGGACUCUGCGAAACGUGCCGCGCGUGAAUUACGCGGAAUUCGAAGGCGGAGGCGGCGGCGUCGUAUUCACCCCGGUGGUGCCCGCUUCCAUGUUAGACUCGGGCUUCGACAUGAGCUGGGAAACUGGCGUGCUUGUGUCACAUGACACUGCGGUGUUGUGUCUUGGUAGGGCUAUGGUUGAACUCGAACUAGAGCACCAGCGAUCAUACCUGUUGUCAACUAUGACGUAA